AUGUCCGAGCUCGCAAAGCUUUGCAGAGAGGCUAUAAACGAAGACCUCAAAGAGAGAAGAGCCAAAAUAUUGGGUGAAGCUGCAGAGGCGGGAGAGAGCAUCCGCCAUGCCCGUCAGGACUUCGCCAGUCGCAAGACGGGGAUGACUGCUCUUCUGAACCGGAAGGGGACAACCACUGCAUCGAGAAGGGGAAUGGAGCAAAUCAUCCACGACUUCUAUCUUUCCCACAGCCAUGCCCAUUUGCUUGCUCACCUUCUGAAGGAAGGGAAAAAAUAG